AUGGGAGAGGACCAAAGUCUGCUCCACCUCUUGAGCCAAGAGAUGUCGCAGCAGCAGGGUCUGAUUGCCCACUUGCGGAGAGAGGUUGACAGCUGCAGAGAAGAGGUCGGAGCCCUCCGCGACUGCCUUUCCAGCAACGGUGUGGUGGACAGCGUUCGGUUUCUGGUGCAUUUGCACCGGCGGCGCUUUAACCAAGCCUGUGAGGUCUAUGGCCUCGGCCCUUGCGCACCGCUGGAUGCAGUGAUCGACAUCCGGGCGGUUGCCUACGCCAUCGGCAACUUUGCUGGCUACUCUGCAAUGCGUGCCCUGCGCGAGGUGUGUCAAGCAGCGCGAUCAGCUGCUGCGGAUAUUCUGGACCCCUUGUGCCCAGGUCACCUCUAUCUUUGUGGUGGCUUUGAAGGAGCUCUGGCCUUGAGUUCUGUUGAGAGACUGGACCCACAUGCCGGUGUGUGGGAGGUGCUCCCACCGAUGACAGAGGCCCGGCAGUACACCUGUGCAGGAGUGAUGUCUGGCAAGAUCUACGUUUGUGGUGGCUGGGCCGGACCUCAGCCUGUCCGAAGCGUCGAAUGCUUUGAUCCAGACUACGCCAGGUGGUCGCCCAUGCCGCCGAUGUUGGUGGCCAGGUGGGGAGCUGGUGCAGGUGUCAUCAACAAGAGGCUCUUCAUCUGUGGUGGCUUGGAUGAGAACAGGCAGCCGUUGAACUCGGUUGAGUGCUUCACCCCACCAGGGGUUCCCGCACAACUCCUGCACGUCACUCCGCGUCUACAAGCUGCGGCACAGGCGUCAGCAGGAUCAACAGGCAGCUGGCAGGGAGUCAAUGCAAUGGCAGAGAGGCGCGGGUGGCCUGCGGCCGUGUCUCUGCAAGGACUGCUCUAUGUGUGUGGCGGCCGCGAUGAGCAGCGGGAGCCGCUGAGUAGUGUGGAGAGACUGAAUCAUCCACCAAGCAUUUGGCUUCCGCUUCCACCACUAUCAAGCCAGCGCGCAGGCGCGUCAGCUGCAGCCUGUGGUGGCAAGCUGUACGUGUGUGGAGGAGCAUUUGGUGCCCAGAUGUUGAACUCUGUGGAGCGGUACGAUCCAAAGGUUGGCACAUGGGAAACCCUGGCGCCAAUGCUCAAGCGUCGUGCCUAUGUGGCUGCUGCUGGAAUCGCCGGCAGAAUACACGUUUUCGGUGGUAGCGACGGUGGACAGUGCCUGGAGACGGCCGAGCGCUUCGAUCCUGUCUUGGGCACAUGGAUAGAACUGCCGAGGAUGACGGACAGGAGAUCCGGAGCAGCCUCUGUCGCUUUGAUGGAUUUCGCCUUCGUCGCAGGCCAGACUGCGCAGGCGCCAUCUGGUCAGCACCAAGCCGUGGCUUCAAGGGGUCAGGGCUUGAGACCUGCCGCACGCUUGCAGCGUUUGAGGGUUCCCAGCCACUCACUGCCAGGCCAAGCGUCUUCGAGUCAGCCAGAGCCUUCAUCUGGGAGCAAAGGACCAGCCGUUGCAGGCCUGGCUGCGGCUGCGCUCGCUGUUGCAAGGGGCUUGAAACGCAUUCGAAGGCGCCAAGGUUCACAGGUGAGCACCUUGGAGCUGAGCCCGGCAGGAUUGGGCUGGAAGGUGGAUGGCAACGGUGAGCUGAAAGAGAGAGUGGAGAAGGCCUUGGAGAGGGGAGGCCUGCAAGGGACCGCGCUGAGGCAGAAUAAGCAAUGGCCAACCAAAGGGGAAGUCAUCAGGGCUAUUCCAAAGGACUGCUUGGUCAAGGAGACCGGACGAUCUUUGGCGCAUGCCGCCGUUUCGACCCUGCAGGUGCUUUUCUGCGGCUACCUGGCCUGGAAGUACAUUCCGAUGACGGCAGCUGCAGCGCCGUUGUGGGUGCUCUAUGCCGUGGUGCAGGGCACCUUGGCCACAGGACCAUGGGUCAUUGGCCAUGAGUGUGGCCACAACGCGUUUUGCAAUGAGCAGUGGCUGCAGACUCUUGUGGGAUAUGUUCUGCACACGGCCUUGAUGGUACCCUACUUCUCUUGGCAGCGAUCUCAUGCUGUCCACCACUCGAAGACGAAUCACAUGACAGAAGGUGAGACGCAUGUGCCAAGGUUGCAAAAAGGUUCCACCAACAAGUACAAAAACUUGGCCAAGUGGUUUGGUCAGAGCACAGUUGCCAUGACCCGGAUGGUCACCCACCUGGUCCUUGGUUGGCCGGCGUACAUUCUCGGUGGUGCUACUGGCGGACCGGCUUAUGGCACCACCAACCACAUGUGGCCUUUUCCGCCAUUCCGAAACGGGAAGAAGGACCUGUUCCCAAAAAGCUGGAAGUCCAAGGUGCUCCUGUCCGAUGUUGGCAUUGUCGGAAUGGCCGGUUUCUUGAUGUGGUGGGCAAAGACCAGCGGAUUUAUGCCGGUCUUUGCGCUUUAUUUGGCACCGCUGAUGGUGACGAAUUGCUGGCUGGUGCUGUACACCUGGCUGCAGCACACCGACGUGGACAUCCCGCACUUUGACGAGGACAACUGGACCUGGGUCAAAGGUGCCUUCCACACGGUCGAUCGGCCCUACGGUCCAGUGCUGGACUACAUCCACCACAGGAUCGGCUCCACACAUGUGGCCCACCACGUUUGUUCGACCAUCCCCUUCUACAAGGCAAAGAAGGCGACGGAAGCUCUGAAGGAGAAUUUCCCGGAUCUGUAUUUGUACGAUCCUACUCCCGUCCACAAGGCCUUGUGGCGCGUGUCGUCGCGCUGCACUGCUGUGCAGAAGGCGGAUGGCCACGAUGGCAUGUACAUCUUCACCUGA